GUAACAUCCAGGGAGUAUGAGGAGAGCGCCAGAGCAAAAUCUGAGUGAGAGAAUUCUGAAGAGCUGAUUCUCCGGACGAGACGUCAAGGCAGGAAUAAUGGAGACUUCAGACCGAACAAAAAGGAAGAAAAUAUUGGCAGGGACCCCAAACCUGACUGGGCAACAUACAAGUUGGCUGUCAGGAGAAAAGCAGGUCUAGGAGAGUGAUUCUGUCCAAACCAUGGCACAGUGUGGCAACAGUGGCGACACCCUUUCUUUUAUCCCAGAGAGUUUCCCCCUAAAGACAGUUAGGGAGGUCGAAGUAAUGGAGGAAAAACUGUCUGACCAAAGCUUCAUGUCUGAACUGGUCACAGCAGUGGCAGACAUUGGAGGGAGCACUGUGGAUGAGGCCACACGACGCAUGAUGGUCUUCACCAUGGACCAUGACCUGUCAAGGCAGUAUAACUUUGUGGGCCGGAAUGGAAAGCAGGAAUUCAGGACUUUAAAGCUGUUUGAAGUCAUAUUUGCCUGCCGAAGCCCUCUCUGGUCCUGUCUGUCCGAUACAUGUCUGUCUGGAAACCCUUCCCCCUGGACUGUCUCCCCGUGUGCCGAACCUGGACCGAACCUGAACCCGACCUCGGAUAUCCCUGUUGCUGGAUCUUUGGCCCCAACGUUAAUGAACCCGGACUGUCAUUGGAUUUACGCCCCUGGGUUACCCCAUACGGACUCUGCCUGCUGGCCUCAACUGCCUGCGGACGCCUCUUAUCUCCAGAACCACCUUCCCCGAACAAUCCAGCCCGCAAUCAGGAGAUUGCCGGCCGGUAAGACGCAAGCAGAGCGUCCCGAGAGCCACACUUCCCCUCUCCUUUAAAUAAACAAACCUCGUAACGCCACUGACCUGUUUUCGGGUAGUUUUUGGGUCCGACUCCUGUUCAUUACAAAAACAGUAGAACAGUCCUUAAUAAAAAGAUAAAUAGAAAAUGAUUACAUUCACAUUUCUUCUAACAAUAGUAACUUUUGUUGAGAGAAAUUUAUACUCAUUUAUUGUGAUCAUAGUGACCAUAACAUAUAUUUCCUGCAGGAGCUUUAAAGAAGAACACCUUAACCAGCCAGAUCACCAGAAAGGAUGUGGAGAGUGCAGCUUCGAAAUGGCUGAUCUGAUCAAGGGACAGGGGAGCCAAUAGACAGGCCAGACAGGUCCCUCCUUCUCCCACUAGAUCCACUUCUUGCUCAGCGGAAGAAAAUUUGUUAUGGGACCAUUUUUUUUCCUGUUCCAUUUUUUUUCUUGAUGUAUAACACUUUCAUAACUGGUUAUACUGGUUAUUAUAAUCUGUUUCAUAUUGUGUGUGCCUGUGUAUUAUGCAUCUGAUUUAAUCUGUAAAAUACUAUUAUUGCUUUUAAGCUUGAUUAAUGGCAUGGCAUUUUUAUUUUAUAUAGUGGAUAGAGGCAACUCACAGUUGAUUGCAUCAAAGUCUUGACAAGCAGCAUUCACAAAAAAUUAUACAUAAUACAGUAAUAAAACAAAAUAAGAACCUACUCCUAAAUUAAAUAGCCUGUAAUAAUAAAGGCUAGCCUGGGUACAGUGUAGGACAUAAGGACCCAUAAUCAGCCCAGGGUCCAGUGUGGGUCCAAUGUGGGAGAAAACUGGGUUGCCCAUAUGAAACCCACCCUCAGGCCACCAUGGAACCCCCAUUCAAAAAUAGCUGGGCAGCCCAGCUGGGGCCCACUCACUGGCCCACAUCCAACCCGCAUGGGCCCCUCAUGGGUGUGUUGUGGCAGGGAGACUUAGAAAAGAUAGGCAAUGCAACUGAUCUAGCUAUUGGUUAGACUGGAUCUCAGUUGUCUUAUGAAUAAGAAUCUCCAUCUAUAGGCUAUUCAGUAAGGGAGAUUGUAACUCUUGUUUAGUAAAAAUGUAAUCAAAAAUUUCCAUUGUGGAGAGAGAAAACACUGAGGAACUCCUGUGAAAGCCGCUAUAGAUGCUUUUCUAGCCCAGACAGGGAACAGUUUAACUUUUUAAUUAGCAUCUUUUGUAUGACAAAUAGGAAAUAUAUGAGGCACUCUAUCCACGUGGCAGUAUUUGUAUUUAUUUGUGAGUGAAGAUAAAUCAAUUCAAUCAAUAAAAAAAUCUUUAUUUCUCUGUUAGCUUCAAAAAUAUGUACUGUUCACUAAAAUCAAGACACAUAUAAACAGUAAUCCUAUAGUGAAGGUGGGUUUUGCUUGAUGGGUUUUGCUUGAUGAGAAAAAUAA